AUGGCGACCGCAAGCCCCGUGUCGUUCCUCGACAGCCUUCCCCGGCCCACCCUCGACCGCCCGUUCGGCAUCCACCUAUGGCCCAUCUUCAGCAAGGCCUUUGAGGCCGUCGCCGGCUACCCUGCCGAGGACUUCAGAUUCGUCCCCGGCCAGACGCCCAUGUCCACUCUCAAGGAGACCAGCAUCUUCAUCGUCAUCUACUACACCAUCAUCUUCGGCGGUCGCGAGCUCAUGCGCAACCGCGAGCCCUUCAAGCUGCGCACGCUCUUCCUGAUCCACAACUUCUACUUGACCGCCAUCAGCGCUAUCCUCCUGGCUCUCUUCAUUGAGCAGCUUCUCCCCAUUGUCGUUCGCGGCGGCAUCUUCCAUGCCAUCUGCAACAUCGACGGCGGCUGGACUCAGCCCCUGGUUGUCCUCUACUACUUGAACUACCUUACCAAGUACCUCGAGCUCCUGGAUACCUGCUUCUUGUUCCUCAAGAAGAAGCCUCUCACUUUCCUCCACUGCUACCACCAUGGCGCCACUGCUCUUCUCUGCUACACCCAGCUGAUCGGCUCUACCUCCGUCUCCUGGGUUCCCAUUACCCUUAACUUGACUGUCCACGUCGUCAUGUACUGGUACUACUUCCAGAGCGCGCGUGGCAUCCGUAUCUGGUGGAAGGAAUGGAUCACCCGUCUCCAGAUCAUCCAGUUCAUCAUUGAUCUUGGCUUCGUCUACUUCGCCUCUUACACCUAUUUCACCUCGACCUACUUCCGCUGGAUGCCCAAUGCUGGCAAGUGCGCUGGCGAGGAGUUUGCCGCCUUCUCCGGCAUUGGUAUUCUCAGCUCUUACCUCCUCCUCUUCAUCUCGUUCUACUUGGCCACCUACAAGAAGGACGCAAAGCGCCCCACUGCCCGCAAGUCUCUUCGCAGAAUGAGCCAGGCCCCGUUGCCCGACCCUAAGGAUAUCGUCAGCGCCAAGGCUUCUGGCGCUCGCCCCAGCGGCGCCGCUACUGCCCGUUCCCGCAAGGCCUAA